CACUGGAAGAAGGAUUGUUCUGGACGCUGGUGAAAAUCUAUCGCUCCCCCCACAUUCUCCUCGAGUACACCAAAACCGAGUGACUACGAUGCGUCGUCCUAGUGCCAGCGAGAACAUGGUUUACGCGCGCCAUGGAGGGAGAAGGGAAGUACGAAUACAUGAAACUCAAGGACGCUUGCAUCGCCGUGGAGCAACAGGUAAACUUCUAUGGCGUUGUCAUCGACUACUCGCUUCCAAAGCCCACGAAGGGCAAAGACAUGAUCUGCACGAUGACUGUGGCUGAUAUGUCCUCGCCCGGCUUGCGGGUUCUCGUGUUCGGCUCCAAAGAUCACGUCCCCUACGUUAGAGCUCUCCACGACAUUAUACGUUUCCAUCGCGUCCGGAUUGAUAUUCACAAGGGAUCGCCUCAGGCGGUUGCCAGCUUGGGCAAAGCAUCCGCAUUUGCUGUGUUCGAUGGCGGCAGUGGUGGCAGCAACGAGCCUUAUCAGAUCUCGUCCAACGCAUUCACGUUCGAGGAACACGACCGAAGGAUUCUGGACUUGAUGCGAGCAUGGCGGAGCACUCAUCUUUCCAAGCCUCUUUCGACUGAGUACCUCGUCCGAAUAAGAGACAUCAAAGAACCCCACUCCUAUUUCGAUUUGUGCUGCAAGGUGCUUCACGUAAGCAGGCUGUCCGACGACUGUCCUACGUUUGUAUACGUCUGGGAUGGCACGGAUUCACCAGCAACAACAUCUCUUCCCUUUGUGGAGAGCCCAUCGCUACCACUCGUGACACUGCGGCAGUUCCCUUCGAAAGGCACCGUCUUACAAGUCGUUGUCGACUUUGCUUCCGACGAACACGGGGACUGGAUUCCGCGAGUCGGGAGCUGGGUCAAGUUCCGGAACAUAACAAGCCGAAACUGCGGGGGCAAGCUGGAAGGCGUCUUCACUAGGGACAGCAAGAUCAGUAUCCUUGCUUCUGACUAUCCAAAUGUGGAAGAAGCUGAAAGGUGGUACGAGCACCGCCUUGCUUCCGCCGAGGCAGGAUUGCCUGAAAACUGUCCAAAGCCGCUCCUAUCACUCACAGUCACGGACUACGAUCACGUUCCUUACUCAAGCUUGAGGGAGGUUCUGGCAUGGCCGCAGGUGACAUACAAGUUUCGGUGCCUGGUGCGCGUGCGAUCGGCAAAUCCUCCCAGAGCAGUCGACUUCUGCCGCUGCGUAAACGGGCAGUACGUGUACCAGCUGCAGCUCACUCUGGAGGAUCCCACAGCGCAGAUCCACGCCUACUUGUUCGCCGAGGACGGGGAGAGGUUCUUCAAUGGCUAUCCCGCGGCUCGCAGGGAGGCCGAGGACGCUUGCCUGGGCGCUCUCGAGAGGAGCUUCAGCAGGCUGCUGUGCGCGAGCGAUGGCCUGGAUACUACGCCACCAUACGUCUCGUGCUGCAUCAAGUCCUACUAUGUGGACAAGGAGCAGCCAUGGACGAGCCGGCGCUUCCGGAUCUUUGGAACACGCUUCCCAGGAUAGAGGAUCCGAGACGAGACGAGACGAUCCUCGCGAUCUUAGAGACAAGAGAGAAAGAAAGAGGAGAGAGACCAUCGUGUGAGUAGAUAUCAAAACCACAAACUUUGAUUC